AUGCUGGCAUCUGGAGGAGCGGACGGGACGCUGGUGAUGUGGGGGGCGGACUCCCCAGCAAGCGCAGCAAAGGAAGUGGCGCCCAAGAUCACUCUCCCCAAGGCGCACGACGGGGGCGUGGUGGGGAUCAGCCUGGCUCGCAUUCACGGCGCUGCCCCGCACCUUGUGACAUGCGGUGCUGACAAGGCAGUGUCAUUCUGGGAUACUACUAUGUUCCGGGAGGUGCGGCGGAUGAAGCAUGCCAUUCCCAAGGCUGUCUGCCAUACCAUUGCCAGCUGGCGCCACCCACGCGUGCCAGCUGUCGAGGUGCUCGCCUGCGCCAAGGACUCGCACAUCUGGGCGCUGGAGGCAUCAGGAGGAAGCAGGCCCAUCUGUGACCUUUCCACCCACGCGCCCCCCACUCCCCAGCAGGCAGCGGGGAAGAAGCUCAAGGUCUACUGCAUGAUGCCGCACAGCCUACAGCCACACCUCGUGGUGUGUGGCACCAACGUGGGGGUGAUGCUCAUUUGUUUCGACCGCACUGCCGUGCCCCCUGCAGCAGCGCUUCCCACGCCACAGGGCUCCCGGCAGCACCAGGUGGCGUUCUGCCUGGGCAGGGGCCUCAACGCACUGGCCUUCCAGCUGCUGACAGCAGGGCAGGUCGGGCCUGGGGCGGGUGUGACUGUGGCGGGCGGGGGCAGUGGCAGCCAGAGGCCAGUCACCCCGGCUGGAGUCACACGCGUGGAUGCUCUUGAAGCUGCUGUGCCUGAGGUGAAGCAGGAGAGGAGGAGAGCAGCGCCGGUUGCGCAUGAGAGCUACUCACACCUCUCUGUCAGCAAGUCUGGCAAGUAUCUGGCAGUGCUUUGGCCGGAGGUGCCAUUCUACAGCGUACACAGCACGGCGGACUGGGGUGUGGUGGACUCAGGCACAGCGCGCCACUUUGCCUGGGACACAUGUCAGGACCGCUUCGCCAUCCUGGGAGGGGCUGUGGUGCCCAAGGUGCAGAGCAGCUCUGCGAGUUCAGGCAGGCACGGGUUCCGAGGGCGCAGCAAGAAGGAUGCCAAGGAGGCAGAGGCAGCAGCGGCGGCUGCCAUGGCUGCUGCGGCUGCAGCACUGGCCGGGGCGACUGUGGAGGUCCGGCGGAUCAGGAAGGACGGGAAAGUGCAGAUCAUGUGCACAUCCAUUGAAUCUGGACGCCGCGAGCAGGUUACGGGUCUCUUCCCAGGCGCGCUGUUGGGAGUGGCCUAUCGCAUGCCCAAGAAGGCAGCUCUGCCAGGGGUCAGCCUGCCCUCUGCUGCGCUCUCCUCACGAGCUGAAUCAAUGGCGGAUUACAGUGAGCAUCCGCCAAACUUCCACCUUAUAAGCUGGGAAACAUUCAAGCCGGUCAGCGGCAUGCUACCAGAACCGCACUGGACCGCGUGGGACCCCAUAGUAGAGUACUGCGCCUUUGCCUACGCCACACACAUCGUGGUGGCCACUCUGCGCCCGCAGUUCCGCUGCCUGGGCCACGUGGCAGUCAGAGGGGCGACAGGAGGAACCUGGCACCGGCGCCAGCUCUUCCUGGCUACUCCUACUUCAGUCGAGUGUGUGUUUGUGGAUGCCGGAGUGAGUGCGAUCGACCUGGAAACGAGGAGGCGCAAGGAGGAGAGGAAGAGGAGGGAGGAGGAGGCGAAGGUGGUGGCAGAGAAGGGCGAGCUGGCGCUGCUGGCCAUGGCGCCUCCCAAGACGGAGGAGGCACCAGAGAGGGUUCAACUGCGGCCGCCCAUGCUGCAGGUGGUUCGCCUUGCCUCCUUCUCCUCUGCCCCAGCAGUCCCCCCCAUCUCAGCCAUGGCUCGAGCCCGCAGCCUAUCAGCCGACGCCACGUCAGCGCCGCCUGGCGCCUCGUCUGGUCCGGGGCUGCUGGAUGGCCCCGAGUGGGUGAGGGCUCAUGGAGCAAAGGCGGCCGGUGGGGCAGGUGUACGUGGUGGGGGUGCGAGACGGAGUUCUAUGGCUGGUAGACCGGUGAGUGCAGCAUUGAUUCUCCCCAGUUGCUCUCAGGUGCCAGUGGGUGAGGGCUCAUGGAGCAAAGGCGGCCGGUACAUGACAGCGCAUGCCAUCUCCCUCUCCCACCCCGGAGUGCGCUGUCGGUGCCUUGCUGCUCAUGGCGACCCUGUUGGCGCCGUCAAGUGGGCGUCUCGCUUGGGGAGGGAGCACCACGACGACCUGGCGCAGUUCAUGGUGGGCAUGGGGUAUGCCAGGGAGGCGCUGCACUUACCGGGGCUGUCCAAGAGGUUCGAAUAUGAACUGGCUCUGUCAUGUGGCGAGUUAGACCGCGCGCUGCACUGCCUCAUGGCGCUCUCCCGCCCCAUGUCCGCCUCGGGGGCAGCUGUGGCGGAUGCCGAUGCAGCCAUGGACAGCCAGAUGGACUCCACUGGGAUCCUCGCCAUGGCUGCUAGUCAAGCCAACAUGAUGGAGGCGGCAGUCGGCGUGGCGCGCUAUGCCUCUGAAUUCCUGGACCUCGUUGACGCAGCAGACGCCACGGGGCAGGCUGACGUGGCGGUGCGAGCGCUGCGCCAGCUGGCGGGGGCGAGUCUGCUGGAGGGCGCGCUGCUGCCAGCCGUGCAGCGCAGGGUGUCUCUGAGACUGGCCCUGCAUGGGGAGGGAACGAGGCUGCAGAUGCAAAUCCAGUCACUUGUGCGGGGGGGCUGUGGUAGAGAGGCGGCGUGUGCAGCAGCGCUGCUGGGAGAUGCGAAUAUGCUGGAGAAGGCAUGGGCUGACACGGGCAUGGUGCCUGAAGCUGCCCUGCACGCCCUGUCCCACGGUCGGCCCACCCUGGCAGCCCUGCUGAAGCAAUGGAACCGAUGGUUGCAGAAGGAGGAGGUGCAGCUGAAGCGCCACAACAUGCUGCACACAGCGCAUUUCAACACCCUCUUCGCCAACACCCAGGCCUCCGAAGACCCCUUCCAGACACUCGCCCCCACCACCAAAGACCCGCCCAUCCAAAUCGUCCCCCCUCGGGAGUUCUCCGUUGCCCAAACCUCAGACGACGGCAGUUUAGGGUUCGGAACAGUGGGAGGAGCAGCGGGAGGGGUUGCAGGGGGGUUUCAGUCUUCAGCUGCAGCAGCGGCAGCGGCAACAGCAGGAGCACCGACUUGGUCCCUUGCUACUGCUGCUGCGGGAGGGAACUGGACGGCGCCUGAAUCUCUCACACCAGACGAUGCUCUGUUCUCCCGCCCCCCACCUCCUCGUGCCGGCUCGAGUGGUGUAGAGGGCAUGUCUGCCCCACUUGACCUUUCGGUGCUGGAAGGGGCAGGCGAGCCGAAGCGUGGGCCAGCGACCAUUGCAGUGCCUGUGGAUUUCAGCCAGUUUGAGAGGGAAUUUGCUGCCAAGGCUAGGGUUGCAGAGAGUGGGAGGAAAGAGGGAGCGGCAGCGGCUGGGGUGGGAUUGGCAGGAGGAGUAGCAGGAGGAGGGGUGACAGCAGUGGUUCCGGGAAAUGAGAGGGGGAAUGGGGGUAAAGAGCAAGGGAAGGGGAAGGGGAGUGCAGGGAGUCAGGCGGAGGGAGGGAGGGGAGGAGGAGGAGGUGUGGGGCCUACUAUGGCAGAUCUGGAAUGGGCGGCGUUGGGCGGCAAUUAG